CCCUCCGUCUGGAUCUGUGAACAAAGAAAGAAGCUGAUGAUGAGGGUGAAAGAAUGAUAGAGGGUGUGAAAAGAGAGAAAAGGUAGAAGGAGACACAAACACACACAGACGGGUGAUAAACAGGAGCGGUGAUGGCGGCGUGGCUGAGCCGGGUGUCUCUGGGCGACGCCUGGUACAACAUGUACAACCGCCUGCUGCGGACCAAACCCGUGGGCUCCAUGGCCCACAGCUCCGACGACCUCACCGACCUCGGGGAGGGGUCGCCGGUCGGCCUCGCCAAGGUGCUGACCACCGUGGACCUGGUUUCGCUCGGCGUGGGCAGCUGCGUCGGCACGGGGAUGUACGUCGUCGCCGGGCUGGUCGCCAAGGCGAUGGCCGGACCUGGGGUCAUCCUGUCUUUUAUUAUUGCAGCGGUGGCGUCCAUACUGUCAGGUGUUUGCUACGCAGAGUUUGGCGUCCGCGUCCCGAAGACGACCGGCUCGGCCUACACCUACAGCUAUGUAACCGUCGGGGAGUUCGUGGCGUUUUUCAUCGGCUGGAACCUGAUUCUGGAGUAUCUGAUUGGCACGGCGGCGGGGGCGUCGGCUCUCAGCAGCAUGUUCGACUCGCUGGCCAAUCACAGCAUCAGUAACUACAUGAUCACACACCUGGGCACGCUCAGAGGACUCGGUAAAGGUGAGGACACAUACCCCGACCUGCUGGCCCUGUUUAUCGCCCUGCUGGUGACAGUUGUCAUUGCUCUCGGCGUUCGUAACUCCGUGGUCUUCAACAACGUCCUAAACGUGGUCAACCUGGUGGUCUGGGUCUUCAUGAUCAUCGCCGGACUCUUCUUCAUCUCCGCCAGCAACUGGGGGAGCGGCAAGUUCCUUCCCUACGGCUGGUCCGGGGUGAUGAAAGGUGCAGCGACUUGCUUCUACGCCUUCAUCGGCUUCGACAUCAUCGCGACGACAGGAGAGGAGGCGAAAGACCCAAACACCUCCAUCCCGUACGCCAUCACCGCCUCGCUGGUCACCUGCCUCACUGCCUACGUGUCGGUGAGUGUGAUCCUGACUCUCAUGGUUCCCUACGAGCUCAUCGAUGGCUCGGCUCCUCUCAUGGAGAUGUUUGCGGUGCACGGCUUCUCGUGGGGGAAAUACAUCGUGGCGGUGGGCUCCAUCGCCGGACUCACCGUGUCUCUGCUGGGCUCUUUGUUCCCCAUGCCCAGAGUCAUCUACGCCAUGUCCCAGGACGGCCUGCUGUUCAGGUUCUUGUCUCACGUGUCUGCGCUCACACACACUCCCGCGUUGGCGUGCGUGGUGUCGGGGAGCUUCGCGGCGGUCCUCGCUCUGCUGGUGAGCCUAAGGGACCUGAUCGAGAUGAUGUCCAUCGGCACCCUGCUGGCGUACACUCUGGUGAGCGUGUGCGUGCUGUUACUGCGCUACCAGCCUGACGAACACGCCGACUCACACCAGUGUAACGCCGGGGAGGACGUGGACGCCAUGAAGCACCAGGACGACGCGGCGGUCCCCACCAAAGACGACCAGAUGCUGAUCGGAGACUCAGACGGCGAUGGAUCGGCGUCCUACCACGCUGGCGGGACUGAAGGAGACGGGGACGACUCUGAAUUCCACACAGGCCACGCCUCGCUGCUGAAAAGGCUUCUGGGAGGUCACUACUACACCCUGCGGCUGCGGCUGGGAAUGCCCGACGCGUCGGCCCGGCCCACCCCGGCCACCGGCCGCAUAGUGACCCGAUGCACCCUCCUCUUCUUCCUCACGUCCUUCUGCCUCUGGUCCACCAUCAUAUUUGGCGUUGAGCAGGGAUCCGGCGCCGGGGCGGUGUUUUCAGGCCUCAUGGCUACACUGAUGGCGGGGUCCUUGACGAAGCUUUUAAUCAUGAUCCUACAGCAGCCGGAGAGCGGGAGGAAGCUGCCCUACAUGGCACCCUGCGUCCCAUUCGUCCCCGCGGCCGCCAUAUUGGUCAAUAGCUACCUCAUGCUUAAACUGUCUUCGCUCACCUGGGCCAGGUUCACCAUCUGGUGCUUCAUAGGUCUGUUGAUCUACGGUUGCUACGGCGUGUGGCACAGCACGCUGGAGCUGAACGCCCGGGAGCAGCAGGCGCACGCCAGCUCCUACCAGCGCUACGACGACCACCUCGACGACGACGCCUUCUCCCCCGACGCCGACCAUCACCCCGAGGAGCAGGACGAGAGACCCUACCAAGGCUGGUCGGCCCCGGAGGAGAGGGGCUACCACUACCAGCCGCAGGAGAACCAGAACGAAGAUGGAGAGCAGCAGCAUCAGGACCAGUAUGAGCAUAAUGGUGACCAGUCUGGAUACCAGUCUGGACCAGGAGGCCAGUCUGCGAGCAGAGGCAAAGGAAGGACCAAUCAUGGCUAUGAUGGAGGGGAAGAGGAGGACUGAACAGAGGACGUUUCCUCUGAAACUUUAAAACUUUGAGAAAUCAAAUAAUCUCCUCAAGAUUUUAUUUUAUUAUUCAUCAGUGAACGCCUCCCUUCUUCUGCUCAGUGUGGAAACCUAGUCUGGAUCUCAGAGGAGGAGGUAGGAGAGAGGAUACGACGGACGCCUCCCAUCACAGCCUCAGUCGGCACGUUGCAAUACCAAACUUCCCUCCGUAAAAGAGAAGAUUUAGUGCUUCUCCUCUCACUAGAAAUGUUUUAAACGCCACACUUUGAAUCAACGGCUGCACAUACAACGUUGGGACAGUUAGGUUGUGUUCAGGCCUCCACCAACGCAGCCCCUUGCUUUGUUUAACCUGAAUGUCCUCUUAUAGAUGGAGUAUGAGGCGAUGAUCACCUGAGCUUAAAUGCAUAAAAGCUCUCCCCUCAUACC